AAUCCAUCCGGUGUCCGCCAUCUUGACAAGUCGGAAACGUUGAUAGAACAAGUGACUCACCGGCAAGCCGGUAUUUUUCGCAAAUUGACUGACUUGAUAUAAAAAUACAACUAAUCGCUGGGUGGACAUAAGAGAAAGGAACCUGACCAUGUCACAGAUGCUCCCAAUACGGUUUCAGGAGCACCUACAGCUCCAAAAUGUUGGGAUCAACGCAGCCAACAUUGGCUUCAGUACACUCACGAUGGAGUCGGACAAGUUCAUCUGUGUGCGGGAAAAGGUUGGGGAGACGGCCCAGGUCGUCAUCAUCGACAUGAACGACUCUUCUAACCCAAUCAGACGGCCGAUCUCUGCCGACUCUGCUAUCAUGAACCCAACCAGCAAAGUCAUUGCGCUGAAAGGCUCUGCCCAGCCAGGGGACCCCAACGCUGGGAAGACACUGCAGAUCUUUAAUAUCGAGAUGAAGAGCAAGAUGAAGGCUCACACAAUGACCGAGGAAGUUCUCUUCUGGAAAUGGAUCUCGGUGAACACUGUUGCCAUAGCAACCGAAACUGCUGUAUUCCACUGGCCCAUGGAAGGUGAUUCGCAGCCCCAGAAGAUGUUUGAGCGCCACUCGAACCUACAGGGCUGCCAGAUCAUCAACUAUCGUACCGACCCAAAACAACAGUGGCUGCUGCUCAUUGGGAUCUCGGCACAGCAAAACCGUGUAGUUGGAGCUAUGCAGCUGUAUUCAGUGGAGCGUAAAGUGAGCCAGCCAAUCGAGGGCCACGCCGCAGCGUUCGCCUCCCUCAAGGUGGACAAUAACCCAAAUCCCUCCACCAUAUUCUGUUUCGCCGUCCGUGGGCCACAGGGCGGAAAGCUACACAUAAUUGAAGUGGGCACGCCACCAGCAGGCAACAGUCCAUUCUCUAAGAAGGCCGUAGAUGUUUUCUUCCCACCUGAAGCACAGAAUGAUUUCCCCGUCGCCAUGCAGGUGAGCCAGAAGCAUGGCGUGAUAUUCCUGAUCACCAAGUAUGGUUAUGUGCACCUGUACGACAUUGAGAACGCAUUCUGCAUCUACAUGAACCGAAUCAGCGGAGACACCAUCUUCGUCACCGCCCCACACGAUGCUACGUCUGGAAUUAUCGGCGUUAACAGGAAGGGACAGGUGCUGUCAGUCUCUGUUGAGGAGGACAACAUAGUUCCCUACAUCACAAACACCCUGCAGAACCCCGACCUCGCCAUCAAAAUUGCGUCUCGAUCAAACCUCCCCGGAGCCGAGGAGCUCUUUGUGAAGAAGUUCAACUUGCUCUUCCAGCAGGGAAACUACAGCGAGGCAGCCAAAGCAGCCGCUGGAGCACCUAAGGGCAUCUUGCGUACACCCGCAACCAUCCAACAGUUCCAGCAGGUGCCCGCCCAGCAAGGCCAGACAUCGCCUCUCCUGCAGUACUUCGGUAUCCUGCUGGACAAGGGACAGCUCAACAAGUAUGAAUCCCUGGAGUUGUGCAGACCAGUCAUCCAGCAGGGACGCAAACAGCUCAUUGAGAAGUGGCUGAAGGAAGAAAAGCUGGAGUGCAGUGAGGAGCUUGGAGACCUCGUGAAGGCAGGGGACACGACUCUAGCCCUCUCCAUCUACCUGCGAGCCAACGUGCCGAACAAGGUGAUCCAAUGCUUCGCAGAGACUGGACAGUUCCAGAAGAUCGUGCUGUAUGCAAAGAAGGUCGGCCACACACCAGACUACAUCUUCCUACUGAGGAAUAUCAUGAGGAUGAACCCCGAGCAAGGCCUCCAGUUUGCACAGAUGUUGGUUCAGGAGGAUGAACCACUGGCUGACCUUAACCAGGUUGUGGAUGUGUUCAUGGAGUCCAACCUGAUUCAGCAGUGCACAUCAUUCCUUCUGGAUGCCCUGAAGAACAACCGCCCAGCUGAGGGCCCCCUCCAGACUCGCCUGCUGGAAAUGAACCUGAUGUCUGCACCACAGGUAGCUGACGCGAUCCUGGGUAACCAGAUGUUCACCCACUACGACAAGGCCCACAUCGCCCAGCUGUGCGAGAAGGCCGGGCUCCUACAGCGUGCUCUAGAACACUACACUGACCUGUACGACAUCAAGCGGGCUGUCGUCCAUACACACCUACUCAACCCUGAGUGGUUGGUGAACUACUUUGGCUCCCUCUCUGUCGAGGAUUCCCUGGAGUGUCUGAAGGCUAUGUUGACUGCCAACAUCCGCCAGAACCUUCAGGUGUGUGUCCAGAUCGCCUCCAAGUACCAUGAGCAGCUCACCACUAACUCCCUCAUUGAGGUGUUCGAGUCAUUCAAGAGCUUUGAAGGAUUGUUUUACUUCCUGGGUUCCAUUGUGAACUUCAGCCAGGACCAGGACGUCCACUUCAAGUACAUCCAGGCUGCUUGCAAGACCGGACAGAUCAAGGAGGUGGAGAGGAUCUGCCGAGAGAGCAACUGUUACGACCCUGAGAGGGUGAAAAACUUCCUAAAGGAAGCCAAGUUGACUGACCAGCUGCCGUUGAUCAUCGUAUGUGACAGGUUUGACCUCGUCCAUGACCUUGUCCUCUACCUGUACAGAAACAGUCUCCAGAAGUACAUUGAGAUCUACGUGCAGAAGGUGAACCCAUCUCGUCUGCCGAUCGUGAUAGGAGGACUGCUAGAUGUUGACUGCUCCGAGGAUGUAAUUAAACAGCUCAUCCUGAUUGUAAAGGGCCAGUUCUCCACAGAUGAGCUUGUCGCUGAGGUCGAGAACCGUAACCGCCUCAAGCUGCUACUGCCCUGGCUUGAGAUGCGCUCUCACGAGGGUGUGGUUGAGCCUGCCACACAUAAUGCACUUGCCAAGAUUUACAUCGACAGCAACAACAAUCCUGAGAGAUUCCUAAAGGAGAAUCAAUACUAUGACAGCAAGGUGGUGGGCAAGUACUGUGAGAAGCGAGACCCACAUCUCGCUUGUGUUGCCUACGAGAGGGGCCAGUGUGACAAGGAACUCAUCAAGGUCUGCAAUGAGAACUCGCUGUUCAAGAGUGAGGCACGCUACUUGGUGCGUCGUCGGGAACCAGAGCUCUGGGUUGAAGUCUUGCAGGAGGAUAAUGAGUAUCGCCGACAGCUCAUCGACCAGGUUGUGCAGACAGCGUUGUCAGAGACCCAGGACCCGGAGGACAUCUCUGUGACAGUGAAGGCAUUCAUGACCGCUGACCUGCCAAACGAACUCAUUGAGCUGCUAGAAAAGAUUGUUCUGGACAGUUCAGUCUUCAGUGAACACAGGAACCUGCAGAACCUGUUGAUCCUGACAGCGAUCAAGGCUGACAGGACCCGCGUGAUGGAGUACAUUAAUAGGCUUGACAACUACGACGCCCCCGACAUUGCCAAUAUUGCUAUCACUAAUGAGCUGUUUGAGGAGGCAUUCGCCAUCUUCAAGAAAUUUGAAGUUAACACAUCAGCCAUUCAGGUUCUUAUUGAGCAUGUGAACAACCUGGACCGCGCGUACGAGUUUGCGGAGAGGUGUAAUGACCCUGCCGUGUGGAGUCAGCUCGGUCGUGCCCAGCUGACUGGUGGUCUCGUCAAGGAGGCAAUAGACUCGUUCAUCAAGGCCGAUGAUCCAACACAGUAUAUGGAGGUGGUCAGCGUCGCCAGCAAGAGUGACAACUGGGAAGACUUAGUGAAGUACCUACAGAUGGCCAGGAAGAAGGCACGUGAGACCUUCAUUGAGACAGAGCUGGUGUACGCCUUCGCCAAGACCAACCGCCUCGCCGACCUGGAAGAGUUCGUCUCUGGACCAAACCACGCCAACAUCACACAGGUUGCCGACCGCUGCUUUGAUGACAAGAUGUAUGACGCUGCCAAGCUCCUGUACAACAACGUGUCCAACUACGCUCGACUGGCGAUCACGCUUGUACACCUUGGAGAAUACCAGGGGGCUGUGGACGGGGCUCGUAAGGCCAACAGCACCAAGACAUGGAAAGAGGUGUGUUUUGCAUGUGUGAACAAUGAAGAGUUCCGGCUGGCGCAGAUGUGUGGGCUUCACAUUGUGGUGCACGCAGAUGAACUAGAGGAGCUGAACAACUAUUACCAGGACCGUGGAUACUUUGAGGAACUCAUCGCUCUUCUUGAGGCAGCAUUAGGGUUGGAGAGGGCUCACAUGGGCAUGUUCACAGAACUAGCAAUACUGUACUCCAAAUACAAACCCGAGAAGAUGCGAGAACAUUUAGAGUUAUUCUGGUCAAGAGUCAACAUUCCAAAAGUUUUGCGUGCUGCAGAGCAGGCCCACCUAUGGCCCGAGCUUGUGUUCCUUUAUGACAAGUAUGAGGAAUACGACAAUGCGAUCCUCACCAUGAUGAACCAUCCAACAGAGGCCUGGCGCGAGUCACAGUUCAAGGACAUUAUCACCAAGGUGGCCAACAUUGAGCUCUACUACAGGGCGAUCCAAUUCUACCUUGAUUACAAGCCGCUGCUCCUGAACGACAUGCUGAUGGUUCUGACUCCCCGUCUGGACCACACCCGCUCCGUCACAUUCUUCGACCGCGUUAACCAGAUUCCACUAGUGAAACCGUACCUUCGGGCUGUGCAAAAGAAUAACAACAAAGCUAUUAACGAGGCUCUUAAUAAUCUGUUCAUUUUAGAGGAAGAUUUCCAGGGUCUUCGGGCCUCUAUAGAUGCAUAUGAUAAUUUUGAUAAUAUAUCUCUGGCUCAGAGAUUAGAACGCCAUGAACUGAUAGAGUUCCGUAGAAUAGCUGCUUACCUUUAUAAAGGUAACAACAGAUGGAAACAGUCGGUGGAUCUAUGCAAAAAGGAUAAACUAUUUAAGGAUGCAAUGCUGUACGCAGGAGAGUCAAGAAAUAUUGAGAUCGCGGAGGACCUGAUCGCUUGGUUCCUGGAGAGCAAGUACCACGAAUGCUUCGGCGCAUGUCUGUUCCAGUGUUACGACCUGCUGCGUCCAGACACAAUCCUGGAGCUCGCCUGGAGACACAACAUCAUGGACUUUGCCAUGCCCUAUAUGAUUCAAGUCGUCAAGGAAUAUGUCACCAAGGUUGACAAGCUUGAGCAGUCGGAGAAUGUGAGGACAGAAGAGGAGGAGAAAGCCACUGAACAACCUAUUGUCUUUGCUGAGCCCCAGCUGAUGUUGACAGCAGGCCCAGGGAUGGGAGGAGCUCCCAGUCCAGGCAUGUAUGCCCCACCACCCCAGCCCGGAUACAAUCCCGGAAUGCCCAUGCAAGGCCAGCCGAUGCCCGGCCAAUAUGGAUAUGGCAUGUAACAACAAGGCCCAAUAGCACAUCCACACAUGGAUUGGAUAAAGACACUUUGCGACUAUGACCUAUUAGUCUUAAAAAGUGGGACGUUAUAUUCAUUGUAAUCAUGAAAUUCAUGCUAUACGCUGGUGGCUUCGUUACAAAGGCAGUGGCUACAUGUAUGCCAUGUAUAAAGCAUUCUUGUGGCAUGUUUGUUUUAUUACAAAAGUUCACGCAUCAUUGUUAUUAGAGAUAUGAUCGUUUUUUCUGCAAUGUUUAUAUCAUUGAAAAUACUCUUUUCCGGAUUUAAAGAGUCAUAUAUUUCAAGGGCCAAUGUCCUGCAUGUUCAGCUUGAAGUUUGUGAAACAUUUUUAUUAGAGUUUUAUUUAAAUUGUCAUUGUUUCAUAAAAAUUUGUGUAAGUGACACUGACUAUGUUUGAAAGAUAGAAUAACUUUUAAUUAUGAGUUGUUUAUUGUACAAUUGGAUGUAUAUUUCUUAUUUUCAUCAACUUGAAACAGAGAAUUUGUCUUGUGCUUAUAAUUUUAUUCGAAAAUUUGAAAAUCAUGUACUAGAGGGACCCGUCAACUGUUUGUUCUAUUUAUUAUGUUUUUCUUUAUGUGAUUUUACGAUGGGUUUGACGCGGUAUGAUUGACAGGUAUUGUUAUUGUUGUCUGUUACGAUUGUCACGCACGCGUUCGUAUGUUGUCUGUGGCUUCACUCUAUAUUCUUGUGCGUUUUUAGCAUUGUAAGUAGAACUGGGUCGAAACGUGCGAUGACCCUUUAGAAAAAAAUGUUCGACUUGAUAUUCAUGUAUUUGAAUGUAGUUUAGGCUGAUAUGAAAAAAGUGUGACGUUAACUUUACCAAUUGAAUAUAUUAUCAAUAUAACAAACCAAAUGUGUUGGUCAAUACACCUAGUUUGAUAAUUGAUGUGCAAUUUUGGCACUAUGGUGCACAUGUUCGGAUAUGGGGACAUAUCGGUGAAAAAUUUGCUACUAAAUACCAAAGUUUUGUGGAAUAAGUUUUAUCCGGCAUUGAAUAAGACACAAGCUAUAUUGUGUGGUGAUUCAAAGUUAAAUUUUUCUGAGUUGGAAUAUAUUACACUAGAAGCAAAUACCUCAGGCGUUGAUAAUUCCGUAGCUUAGAGAAGUCAUAUUAAAUAGACGUAUAAAUUUAUAGCCUUUGAACUUAGUAUGAUUGUUGUUUUAAGUGUGUAUGUAAUUGUUUGAUUUGAGAUUUUAUUAAUUUAUGAUUAUCAGAAUAUACAUAUUGUAUGAAUUCGGAUGUAAAUAAUUGUUAGAAAAAAAGAAAUACAUGUAAACAUAAUCAUUACAAUAAAAUUCCCAGACCCCAAAAGAUUGAUUCUAUUAUCCUCAUGUAUCCAAUCAAAAUCUGUUUGAAGGUCAUGUGACAUAAUUAACCAAUCACAGAGGUUCAUCAAUUUGUGACCUUCCAAUCAGAAGCACUUGAUGAACAGUUUGAUUGUAUUGUGCUUUCUGAUUGGAUAUGACAAAAAGUUGUGUAUCAGAAUGAGUAUAUUCAUUAAACUUGUAUUUCCAAUACACAAAUAUUAAUAAACAUUGAAUUAUUGUA